UUGGCUCGAGGCACGUUGCUUGCGCCUCCCCUGCGCCCUGCCGAGUCGCGCGGCCUCCGGCAUUGAUGGCGGCGGCCUUCGCCGACCACGGAGACCCGUCGACGUCUACCAGCUCGUGCCGCCACCGGCUCCUGUCAAGCAGAGGCCCCGGAAGUACGUGUCCCAGCACGAUCCGAAGCUGCCUCCCACAGCCUCAACAUUCGUACCUAGUGGCACCACGGCGGGCACGGUCAGCAACGUGUCGGGCGACGCCACGACCAAGCCCGUCGCGGACCUGCCCGGCCGGACGUUCGGCAAGCCUCCAGGCGCCAGCGCGCCGGACCCGAGCAACCGCCCGCAGGGCAAGACCGCGAAGGUAGCGACGCUGUCAGAGGUCAAGAAGAGCAACCCUGUGCUCUUGCAGCCCUCGCAGCUCAAGGCCAAGCUCAAGCCCGACGUGCCCAAGAAGGCCGACGCGCCUGUCAUGAACCUGGUGUCAUCCAAGAACUUCGUCGUCGCGAACGCCGUCGAAGCCAUCCUGGCCGUUCCCAGAAAGGGCUCCGACGGAGACCGCGACUACUUGAGGAAGGACGACUUCGGAAAGACGCCGAAGUAUUUAUCACGGGUGAAGGCCAACAUAGACGACGAGAAAAAUUACAUCGCGAAUUUGAUGCAGCAGCAGGAGGAGGCGGCCAGGGCCAGAGAACGCCCCCUGGAUGAGGCGGAACGUGAGCAGCUCGUCAACGGACUCAAGGAGAAGUGGGAGGCGGUGGCGGCUCAACAGACAGUACCAAUCCAUGGCCCACCUGACGAAGCUCGAAGGGCCACAGAUCAGGAGGAAGGCGCGAAUGGAGGCGGAGCUCGUCCAGAUAGAGAAGGACAUCGAGAAGCUGAGCAGGAAAAACAUCAUAAUUCACACCGACUACUGAGACGUGCUUGCAGCUAGCCUUGCUCGAGGGUGGGGGAGAAGGAGAGGAGGAGGAGGUCGCGGGGGACGCGCCCCGCCGCUCCCGCCCCCUGGGCCCCCGAGCUGUCAGGGGCCCCUGUAUUGUAACUUGCCCGAGCUGUUUUUCGCUGUUGUUUCACGUUUCCCGGCUGUGCUGCCCAGCUGGUCCGGCAACCGAGAGAAAUAGACACCAACGUCCAACGUCUGUGCGUUCAGUCUUUGCCAUGGUCGCCGUGUUCUCCUCCGCCUCUGGAGCAGUACAGGCCGCGUGUGCUGCCCGUGCUGCUCGUGCAUGACACGCCUCUGUGGAUUUCCAGAGCCCAAAAAAAAUCCACGCGCUUUGCUACCUCAACAGAUCGAAGGGGCUUCGUGGCUCUGCCUGCCUCUCCCCGCCGGCCGGCGCCCCCAG